CGUCGUUCAGCUUGAUAAAACAACAUAAGUGAAAAUUUCUUUAAUUACAAUAUUGAAAACCAUAUAAAAAAUGCUACUUAAUUAAAAUUUGAACCUUAAAUAAAGAUAGCUGAUGUGUUAUUCGGUAAAGUCUGAAGUUAUGAGCAGAAUUUGCAUAAAAGUCAUAUUCGAAUAUUUGUGGUUAUGUUAACGAAAUAAAAUGAAAUUUCAAGAAGCUGAUAAGGUAUUCAAAAUAAAUAAAACAUUACGUAUGAUAUGGAUUAUAAAAGGAGACGUAAUAUAUUUCAAUUUAUUAUAUUCUACCGAAAGAAUUUAUCGGAAACAUUGGGGAUGAAACACAGUGGGGAGAAGUAAUAAAGUAUGUCAAGUAGUAGAAUGCAAUUUUCGAAGUGAGAGUGAAGAAACGAAACGAAAAGUGUCUAUAUGUGUUUAGUGUGUCUUCUUCGUCGGUGAGUGAAGUGAAUGUGACCUGGACCUCGACUUUGAUAUUAUUACAGCGAGUAUGAAGGUUAAGACGUGGCUACUACUAACGAUUACCGUAUCAUAUGUCAUUAUAACAACCAAAGCUAUACGAACACCAAUAUAUGCACCGUUUAAUAUAAUUAGUUUGAAAGAUAUAACUCCAGAAGAAAGAAGACAGAUUGCAUAUUUAGAACAAAAACUCCAACGAGCCAAAAGAUCGGGUUCUUCUGGAUCCGGUUCCGGUGAAAUUCUAAAUCUUCUUAAGACCGCAAUUGGAAACGGUAUCAAGAAGAAGGUAGGGCAAUUAGCAAUGGCGUCAGCAGCGGCGUCCGGAGCCUUCAGUAAAACCAGCAGCGGUGGUGGAUACCAUACCGGAUAUCAUCAUCAUCACCAUCAUCCACCAGAUUACUCCUACGAGGAACAUCAUGAUCACCAUGAUCAUUCACAUAAGUCGUUCGAUUUUUGGAAUUUGAAAAAAUCGAUCCUCAAUACUUUACUCCAAGCUGUGAAAGCGGUAAAAGGGGGAGUUAUUGCUGUAAAAGGGCAGUUGGUGAAAGGAGGAGGUAAAUUAAUUUCAGCUUCAGGACAUUUGGUUAGUUCUCAAGGUGAUGCAAUCACGCAUCUCGGGAAAAAGAUAGCCACCAGUGCUAUAUUGGUACCUUGGAUGGGUUCGUCAGGUAAAGGACAUCCGCAUGUAGAAUACGAAUCAGGUGAUCAUCACUAUUCAGCUCCAAGCGCUCCUAGUGACAUCUAUCAUCAUUCGUCACCUUCAGGUCCUAGUUCAGAUUAUCAUAUACCUGAACAUUAUCCACCUCCUCAUCGUGAAGGAACUUCAGGACUAUUAAUACUAAAAAAAGUCCCAGGACAUGGUAGGGAUCGUCAUGAAUAUUACAGUUCGUCAGUGGAUACUCACCACGAUCAAUCUCCAAGUUUCGGUAGUGUACUUGGUAAAUUAUUCUCGGCAUCAUCAUCAUUAGAUCCUCACAAACCUGAAUUAUACGGUGAUAAUCCUGUAGAACACCACGUGGAUAGUUAUCAAGCGGAUAUAGUAGAAUCAGAUCAUAACGAAAUAGUCCCUUCGGCUUCCGGUAUAGUUAAACAUGAAAUAGUAUCUUCUUCUGUCAAAACGAAACAACCUCACCACAAUUUCGUUGUAGAUAUCGAUAAAACUUCAACUAUUCCACCCGAUACAGUCACUAAACACAACAGCGGUUCAAAUAAACCAGAUUUCAAAAAAAAUCCUUUCGAUUCGAAAGAAAUUGUAGGUGUAAAUCAAAAUUCCAAACCCGAGGAGGUUAAUACAAAUAAUUAUGUUUCUCAGAGUGAAAUUGGUAGUUUUCAGUAUACAGGAGUAGAAGAUUUACAAGAAUUUAACAAUCCUACAAAUAUUUAUUUAUCACCUCCACCGAUUUCACAGAUUAUUUCAAAAGAAACCGAUAUUGAGAAUAAUUCGUUAAUAGAUAUUAAAAAUUCGCAGUUAAUUGAAAAUUCUAUACCAUCGCCGUUUUUAGAAACCCCCAAAAUACCAACUGUAAAUGACCCAACAGUUUAUAACGAAUUUACACAUACUUUCGAUUUUACACAGAGUGAUAUUAAAAAUCUCAACAAUUUUGAAAGUAGUUAUAAUCAGUUUUACCCGAAUUUCGAUGUUGUUCCUUCUAUUUCUUACGAACUACAACCUCAAGGGCCUAAAAGACUGACGUGACGUUAUAGGUAAAUAAAUUUUAUGUCUGACUAUUGAUGAACUAACAGAAGUAACUAUGUAUCCUAAUUAUGGCUUAUUUACUAAUUAAAUGAUUAUAUUUUUAAAUUUUCUUGCAUUAUUUUAUCUACUUACGUGAUAUACGAAGAAUCGAAUUUAACCAUUUGUUAAAAGUGUAAUCUCCCCAUUAUAACCACAUACUUAACACUGUUUAUAAAAAAUUACACUAAAAAAUAUAUAAAAGUAACAAAAUUAACACUAAAACAUUCCUUUUAUCUAAUUAUUUCGUCUACUACACUUUCUGCAUUCAAAUUUUUAAUAAAUCAUUUUUACUAAGGUUAUUGUCGUAUGUCACUUCUCUAAUGCAACUUUAAGUUCCGUGGUUCGAUUUGUUAUGAGGCAUUUUUUAAUACGCGUCAUAAACUUUGUCCCUUUAAUAAUUAUUUAUCCAGUAUGACCUCAUUAACAUUGAUAAAAUUGUUCACACAAAAAAUUACACUUUAAUAUUGUCAAAUUUGUUAUAUUUGAUCUACUUUCAAUUUCAGAAUAUUUGAUCUGCUAAGAGAUUUAAUUGGCCUUGUGUAAAUAAUAUAAUUUUCAACUUUUUCUUUCUCAGACCUUAACCAAAAAUAAUAUUUCUUCAUUUCAUACACUAAUAGAAAAAUGUACAGAGGACGUAAAAUUAAUACCAGAGCAUUCUCAUUAUCUAAUUUCUAGCGUUUAUUUAUAAAUUUUUUAAUAAUUAAUAUUUUUUUCAGAUAUAUCUAAAAAUACACGUCACUAUGACAUCAAUAAUUUCGAUCCAUAUUUCGACUAAGUGCUAAUUUAUUACUACUGAUGUGCUUUAUUCAUAAUAUCACCUUUCGGGACUAAUGUGAUUCAUUUAAUUAUAGAAACUUGUUAUUUUGUAUAUUUAUUUUUUUAAUAAAUUUUUUAUCGAUGUUA